AUGCCUGGAAAUAUAUCGGAAUCAGCCAAAGUUUUGGUCAAGUUAAUUGAGCAAUUGCCGGAAGAACGUAUAAAGCAUUUAGUAUCAUUCAAAGACAUCCAGUUGAAAAGAUUCAGACCAGUGGCUGGCAUAUCUAACUCAGAUGAACCAGCUCCAAAAAAACCCACAUUAGCCGAAAUUAAGGAUAUUAUAAAUAGAACUAAAAGCCCGUUAGGUUUACAAAAUGAUGUUUUGAAAAAAAUUGCACAAGCUACUCCAAAGGAAACAUUUACUGUUGAUUCCAUUGAUCAACAAAUAAAGAGUUUAAAAGCCUUGUGUGAAAAUAAAUACAAAACAUAUUAUGAUGUCGGUAAUAAAUUAUAUAGACCUGCAGGUAAUCCAAACUAUUACCAAAGACUUUUGGAUGAAUUAGAUGGCAAGAGAAAAGAAAAUAUCUUUACAGCCUUCAGAACAGUUGUGUUUGGUAAGUAG